UCGGCGUAUAGGUGCGCGGGUGUGUAUAAAUGCAGUAGAAAGAGACGACCGUCAACCGUCAGCCAGUCGCUAUACUUCGGAGUGGGUAUCCGCCAUCAUGAAUUUCUUCAUUCUUUCCCUGAUUGUAGGGGCUGCUUGGGCACGGGGGACUGUGCCACCACAGGCCAUUGUGCCAGGGCACUGCCCUAGCUUUAACCCCAUGACUGAUUUCACGGUGGAAUACUAUUUAGGCAAAUGGUACGAGAUCGCCAGGUUCCCCAUGCCAUACGAAACCGGACAGACGUGUAACUACGCCGAGUACAGUGACAGAGGAGACGGAACCGCUGGAGUCCACAACGCCGGAUUGGACGCUAACGGAAAUCUCGUAGAGAUAUUCGGGUUCGUCGAACCGACCUCCCAACAGGGAACACUUGCUCUGCACUUAGAAGGAGUUCCUUUCGUCGGAACCUACAACGUGUUAGACACAGACUACGACUCCUACGCUGCUGUGUACUCCUGCCAAGAAUUCCUGGGCGUAGGACACAUCGACCAAGCAUGGAUCCUGGGACGGGAGAAGACGCUAACUUUGGAGGAAAUGGUGGUGGCCUUGAACGCCUUCGACACAUGGGGGAUCGACACGAAAAAGUUCAUCAAGACGAUGCAGGAACCUUGCGAGUUUCCUCAGGAAUAAACUGGAGGGUGUUCCGAAGAGAUGUUGCUUGCGAUUUUUUCUCUGUUUCCUUUUUCUGGUUAAAUGUAUUUGUGUCUUUCUCGUUUCUUCAUUUCAGUAAUGUACGUCACUAGUCUUCGAUAAAGUUGAUUGUUCUGUU